CUGUAGAGAUGGUCAACCAAUCAGGAUAAAGUAACAUUUGAUUUGAACCUGAUCCGUUAUUUCAAAGUAAAGUCAAAUCAAACAAAUCAUUUUGCGUGAGGUGAACAAAUAAAUUAUUUCUGUCGUUUGGUUGGAUAGUCUACAGCCGCAAAAAGAAGUGCAUCUGAAUGUGUUACACAUUUUAAUCAGCUGUACGAUUGUGCCGCGACUUGAUUUGUGAUCGAGUGCCAUUUUUGGAGGACCCCAGGAUAAAAUAUGGAAAUUGUUCGCAGGCAAAAACAGGUGCACCUCCAAGAUCAAGAGAAUGUUUAUGCUAUCAAAGGAAAAGGUACAACAGCGUUGCCCACGAAACGGCAAGGUCUUGGAAUACGAGGAGCGUUAGGCGAUUUAAAUAGCAAUGUGCAAGCUCAGCGCGAUGCUAAUGUGGGAAAAGUGGCCGUUGCUGCAGCAGAAUACGAGAAGAAGGCGACUCUAAACCGUGGUGCACUGAAAAGUAGCAACUAUAACCAUGUUCAAUCAAAAGUGGACACUGGGUUAUCUGGGAAGCUUUCCGUCCAACCAACUUCUAGACCUCCUCUAAGACGGGAAGAAAGCACUGCAGGGUUGGCGGCUCGUGCUAUCGCUCGAUCAAAGGCUGUUCUGAAGGACAACAAAUCAGAAUAUAAAGAAAAUAUAAAUAUCGUGAUACAGACCAAAAAAUGCUUCCAAGAUAUCAAGAAAUCUUCAAAGUUGCCAACUGUAAGAGAAAACAAAGUUUUGAAACCUAUUCUUAAAGAAUCUACUGAAUCAUUGGGCAAAUUAAAAUUGGCUGAAUCUAACCCAUGUUCUGAGAGAACUAUUGGUUUGAUUGAUCACAAAAAACUUAUCAAGCAAUCAGAAUUGUUAAAAUCAAAAGAAACUCCAGAGUUACCCGAUGACAUUGAAGACAUUGAUGCUGGGGACAAGAACAGCCCACUGCUCAUGUCGAUUUAUAUUAAGGACAUUUAUCGAUAUUUGACUGAACUUGAAAUUAAAUAUGCUAUCGAGCCAGAUCAUUUGAGGAAACAGACUGUAAUUACUGGAAAGAUGAGGGCUACCUUGAUUGACUGGUUAGUGGAAGUCCAACGUCAGUUCUCCUUAGUUUUGGAAACAUUCCAUUUGACUGUUGGUAUUAUCGACCGUUAUUUACAGGCAGUACCAAACAUUCAGAGGAAUCAACUCCAACUCGUGGGAGUGACGGCAAUGUUCAUAGCCAGCAAGUAUGAAGAGAUCUACGCACCGGACGUUGGGGACUUCGUUUACGUCACGGACAAUGCGUACAGUAAAGCCGAUGUGUUCCGGUGCGAGAGGGAUAUCAUGUCUAAACUUGGCUUCUGUCUGGCGAGGCCGAUACCACUCAGCUUUCUUAGAAGAUUUGUGAAAGCGGCUCACGGGACAUCAAAGAACCACCACCUGGCAAAGUAUUUCGUUGAUCUAAGUUUAGGUGAAUACACAAUGGCACAUUACCGUCCAUCGGAACUUUCAGCUGCUGCUAUUUGUCUGUCUUUAUACCUUUUGUCAAGCAAAAAACUAGAAGAUGUUUGGACGCCCACUUUAUCCUAUUAUUCAGGUUAUUCCUUAGAACAUAUUGACCCUAUUAUUAGAAAGCUAGCCAAAAUAGUAGUGAAUGUCGAGAAUUCCAAAUAUAAAGCUGUAUACAAUAAGUAUUUGGAUACAACAUUAGCCAAAGUGUCGGGCUUGCCACAACUCAAAGGCGAGGCUAUUUAUGAACUAGCAAAGAUACCAUCGAGUACAUAGGACCACAUAAUUUUAUUUGUAUAAUGGACUGAAUUAGCUUUUGUUGUGUGAUUAGAAGUUUGUAUGACUUGUCUUAUAUCACAGGUUUGUUAUAGGAAGUACCUGUUUUGGCUUUAUAGGAUAAUAUUAGUAUUUUAUUUAAUAGUACUUUAAUAUUGAUGACUGCGAGAUUUUAGACAUUAUUAUAGUUGUAAUGUGAUGUUUUUAUGUGUAAUUAUUGUAAGAUUUUUGUAAUAAUAACUACAAAAGUUCUGAAAAUGUAUUCGUCGACAAUUUUUGAUAAUUAUUGUGAUUUGUAUUUUAUUUAUUCGUAUUGCAUCAAUAUCAAUUCGUGACUUUUAAUGUAUGUAUGUAUGCGAGGUUCACCGAAUCUCUUCUUAUGCGCCAUCAAAUAGGUUUUCCCUACUCAACAAGGUGUAAAUAAGAAUCUAGAAUAAUGAAUAUUCUAUAAUGUUUAUUAAGAGUUACUUAAGUACAUCUUGUUAGGUACGUUUUUAAUUUUAAUUUGACUAAAAUAUUCUUUUGAAUUGUAAUGUUAAGAUAUUGUAUGUGAUGGGGAGGGAUAGGCAACGCUUCGCUCAUGUUCCAGUGUUUGUUAAAUAAAAUUUUUACGAUACCAU